AUGUAUUCGGAUGACAAGCAAUUUCAGCUAUUAGAACUUGAAUUUGCACGUCUUGAAACAAAACUAUCACGACAGCCUGUUUAUACCGAAAAGAAACAUAGAAAAUCACAUCGCAAGCCAAGAUGGAAUUUAGAUGACCUCAAAAGUGAAACAAAAUAUUUAGAUUAUUUAGCCAGAAAAGCUUUAAGUCCAGUGAAAUUUUAUCCAACUCAGCCAAAAUUCGACGAAAAUGAAAAUUUAAGUCAAAUAUAUCCUAAAAUUACACAACCACAUAGAAUUGAUCCUAAAAUUUCAUUUGUUACAGUAAACAAUAAAAGCAAUGUACAGCAAAUGAAAAAUAAUCAAUUAUCAGAAAUUCGACCUUCAAUUGCAGUUAACUUAAUGACUGAUGCCAAUGUUUCACUCGGAUUCAAGCCAAAGAAAAAGAAGCAUGAUCAUCAUCAUCGUGAACCUGUCAUAAGAAUUAAGAAAUCUCCUGAAAAACAAUAUCCAAGGAAUACUGCCAAAUCUCUUGUUCUCGGUACACCUCCAGAAGCCGGUUUGGACGCUGCUCUAGAUACAUUCAUUGACAAUAUUGAAGCAGUUGGUAAAUGGGCAGAAUAA